UGGAACCAGAGGUAGGAGAAUGAUGUAGGAUUGCAUCAGUCCAGAAGUUGAGAACAGUGCUCCCAAUUUCUGUUCAGUCAUGGAAAUGAUACCAUCAGUUCCCAUCAAUAUUUUUAUCAAGGAAGAAAAAAAAGAGACCUUGUUGGACACCGAGGGGAAUGAAGAUGAGACCAAACAUAUUAUUUCUGGGUACACCAUCAAGAAAGAACUUGAAGAAGAUUGGGAAGUAGAGGAAGAUUGCGUUUUGUCAACAAAUCGAGAAGGGUGGGAAAGCCCUGAUGAAAGUUUUGAGUCGGGUCCAGAUGGAGGUGGAAUUGGAAGCACAGCCUAUAGUCCUGAGUCGGGUUCUGAUGGAGAUGAAGCAGAGUCUAAACGGCUUACAUCAGAAGAUAUCAUUGACACUGGACAUGGAUCGGUAGGACAUACAUGUAGUGCUUCAAACAGAAGUGGAGCUAUAUCCAAUCUAGGCAUACAUUUUGGAGAAAGGCAGAGUCAGUGUUCUAGUUUCAGUGAAAGUUUAUGCGAGGCUAACCUUUCCAACCCUGAUAUUAUAACAUCACACACAGAAAAGUCAGUUAAAUGUGACCUAUGUAAGAGAGAAUUUUCAGCGAAAGGCUCUCUAAAACGUCACCUCCUAUUCCACACAGGAAAAAAGCCUUUUGAGUGCUGCUACUGUAGCAAGAGAUUUCCUCAGAGCUGUGAUCUUAAACGCCAUCUCUUGACCCACACAGGAGAAAAGCCGUAUGAAUGCCUUUAUUGUAAGAAACGAUUUUCACAGAAGGGUGACCUCAAGCGCCAUAUUCGAACGCACACCGGAGAAAAACCACACAAGUGUUUAGAGUGUGGCAAAGGGUAUGCUAAUAAACGCGAUCUAAAUCGUCAUCUCAUCAACCACACUGGAGAGAAGCCAUAUGAAUGUACAGUGUGCAAGAAGGGAUUCUUUAUGGAGGAUUCUCUCAAUUGCCAUCUCUUAACCCACGGCUCUCGGGAAAGACCAUAUGAAUGUUCAUUCUGUAAAAAACGAUAUUCUUACCAAAAGCGUUACAAUCUUCAUCUCUUGACUCACACUAGUGAAAUGCAGUAUCAAUGUAGCUAUUGCCAGAAAGGAUUUUCGAAGAAGCAGCAUCUUAAGCGCCACCUACUGAUUCACAAUCAAGAAAAGCCAUAUGCAUGCCGCUAUUGUCGGGAAAGCUUUGCCCAGUGUGCUGAUCUUGAAUCCCAUGUCAUGACUCAUACUGGAGAAAAUCGCUUUAAAUGUUUAGAUUGUGGGAAAGAGUUUUCUCAUAAAGGCAAUUUAAACCGCCAUGUUCUCACCCACUCCGAAGAAAAACCAUUUAAGUGUUCAGACUGUGGCAAAGGAUUUUCUCAGAAAGAUAAACUAAAGUGUCAUCUUCUAUCCCACACAGGAGAGAUGCCAUAUAAAUGUUCUUACUGUGUAAAAGGAUUCACCCAGAAAAAUCAUCUAGACCGCCAUGUUCUCACCCACUCUGGGGAAAAACCUUAUGAAUGUUCUUACUGUAACAAAGGAUUUAUUCAGAAACAUCAUUUAAAUCGCCAUCUCUUACGACACUCAGGAGCAAGGACAGUGAAUGUUCAGGAUGUGAAAAUUGAUCUCCUAAAAGAUGAUAUCUGAAUUGUGCUGGCUCUGUGAUUUGCUCAUGGUUAUGUAUUAGAGAAUAAAUCCCCUUUAAAACCAUUGACUGUUGCCAUUGUUUCCAUGCUGUAGCUCUAGGGAUUAUCACACAGUGAUAUAAAAUCUACCUUAAGUUUUCCAGGGAAAAGUUUUAUGAAUAUUGAUGAUUUGAAGUACACCUAACCAACACAGUCUAGAAAGAAUUUCGAUGUCAGCCUAAUAAGGAAAUCCAGAACUUGGAUUCAAAAGUUUAUAAGUAAGUCCAUAUAAAUCGUCUAUCACCCAAAUUGUAAAUUGUCCUUUAUUUUCGGAAAUAUUUUUCCUCUUGUAUGUAACAAAUUUUAAACAAAAAAGUUGAUCAUGCUAUUUUCUCUAAUUGUGUUUUUGUAUUAAAAGUUCAACAUUGUAAUCCA